AUGAGCAACGACAUCUACUAUACGCUCUUUUUUACUGGUCGCGAUGAUCCUAGGGAAGGCGUUGUCAUCAUCGGGGAAGACACCAAGCAUGUGUGCUUUGAAUUCAAGACGCCGCCGGUGUCCACGUCGCCCCUCCCGCCCAGGACCACGAUUUAUCGCAACGAGACUCAGGUCGUCGGCUGGUUUGACUGGAUUACAACCCCACAGCUGGUCACACUAUUGGGACAGCAGAUGCAUAUGGCGAGUCUCCUGCAGCAGGGGACCACUCCGAGCGCCCGUGCGUUCUACUCUGCUGAUGCAUUCCACACGCAUUUUGAGUGGCGGAAGAAUGAGCAGAGGCCGACCGAUUACGACCUGUACAUGCUGCCGGGCUACAUGCAGCCCGGACACCGAGUUGCGAUGUUUCGCCGCCAGAUACAAAACACCCCCGUCGGACCGUCGCAUGCGGCAUUCUUCUACACAUUUGACAACGACCUCUGGCUCCUUGAGGCACUCGCCGCCUUGUCGCUGAACAGGUGGCUGGACAGUAUACAGGGUUAUUGA